AUGCGAGAUCCUCUUCCUCCACCUUCACUGCUCGUGCAGGCUAGCAAGUCAUUCGCCGACAAGCUGAGCCUGACAACACUUCCGUACCAUGUUCAUGAGAUCUUCCUCGGCUUCUUGGGUUACCAUUUCAUCCUCCAUGUCCUUUCCCCAACCAUUUCGCAGCUUGUUUGUCCCAAGGUAUACAAUGGCUUCAACAAGCGCACGCGGCUCAACUGGGACAUCCACUGGGUCUCCAUGAUCCAGGCUGUCUUCAUAUGCGCCGCUGCGCUGUGGGUCAUUUUCAAGGAUGAACAGAGACACGAGAUGGACUGGAGAGGUAGACUCUGGGGUUAUACACCAGCUAGCGGCAUGGUUCAGGGAUUCGCUGCUGGAUACUUCCUGUGGGACCUUCAGAUCUCUGCCCAGUACAUCCACAUUGCUGGAGUAAGCUCGUUAAUCCACGCCAUCGGCGCUUUGGCAGUCACCUGUAUUGGUUUCAAACCCUUCGGAAACUACUACGGUCUCUCCUUCGUCCUCUACGAACUCUCUACUCCUUUCCUCAACAUCCACUGGUUUUGCGACAAGCUCAACAUGACAGGCUCAAAGCUCCAGCUCUACAACGGCAUCGCUCUGCUUGUCAUGUUCUUCUGCUGUCGCAUCGUGUGGGGAUCGUAUCAAUCUAUCAUGAUCUACUCGGACAUCUACAAGGCGCUCACAAUGCCUAAAUCAGAGCUUAUGAGCUCUCUGCUCGAAGCCCAGAAGAGCGACGGAGCCGCAAACAGCAGUAUGGGUCUCGAGGGACCUGGAGGUCUGGCCGUAGGCGAGCUGCCUAUGUGGCUGGUUUGCGUAUACUUGGUUGGUAACACAGCUUUGAGUAUGCUCAACUUUUACUGGUUUUCGCAGAUGAUAAAGGCUGUUCAAAAGAGGUUCGUGCCUGCGGACGAAAAGAAGGUGAAGAAGAGCCAGUAA